GAUACAUGAUAAUAAUUAUAUCGAUUCGAUAUUACUGACAGACGACAGUUGAGUUCUUUGUUGUUGUCUGUUCCUCCAGAAUUUUAUUAAAAAAUAACGUUUUAUAGUAUAAUUUUAAUUGAAAAGUAUGCUGAUAUCCCAUUAACUCUUUUUUAUCCACUCUAUUUCUGGACAAAAAUGACUCGUCACGCUAGAAACUGUACUGCUGGAGCUGUCUAUACUUAUCACGAAAAAAAGAAAGAUGCUGAAGCUUCAGGUUAUGGAACUCAAUCUCAGAGACUUGGAAAAGAAGCAGUAAAAGAUUUUGAUUGCUGCUCUCUCACUCUACAACCAUGCAAAGAUCCAGUUGUUACAAAGGACGGUUAUUUAUUCGACAAAAUGGCAAUAUUGGAGUAUAUCAUCUCAAAGAAAAGGGAGAUUAGCAAGAAAAUGAAAGAAUACGAAAAACAGAUGACAAAAGAAAAGUCAGAACUAGCUGAGCUUGCAGCUGCUGAAAAAGAAUCACAACUGAAGAACUUUGUGAAAACUGAGAAAAAUAUUGUGAGCACUCCAGUUAGAGCAUUCAAGUCAGAUAGCACACUUGGUGGUCCCUCAGUUUCAAAUAUGACAGAGGGCAGGGAUAAGCAUCUCCCAAGCUUUUGGAUUCCUUCAAAAACGCCAGAAGCAAAGAAAACUGCGGUUAAAAAACCGGAAUCCAACGUAUUAUGUCCGAUGACAGGAAAACCGUUGAAAAUGAAGGACCUGAUCGAUGUCAAAUUCACAGAGGUAAAAGAUCCUGAUGAUAAGAAGUCACUGAUAUUAAAGAAGAACAGGUACAUGUGCCCAGUGACGCAUGAUAUCCUGGGUAAUUCGGUGCCGUGUGCUGUUCUUCGCACUACUGGCGAUGUAGUAACAGUCAAUUGCAUUGAAAAAAUCAUCAAGAAAGAUUGGACACAUCCGUUAACUGGAGAUAAACUCACUGAGAAAGAUAUAAUCUACCUGGAAAGAGGAGGAACUGGAUACUCCACUACUAAUAAUGGUCUUGAAGCUAAACACGAGCGACCAGUUUUACAAGCUUAACUUGAAUUAAACUACCACAUUUAUAAUAAUCAA